AGAAAUGGAGGGUUUUUGUUUAAAGGUUAGUCGUAAAAGGCUGCGAUCUCAUGAGUUUGGUUUCUUCGUUUCCUCAUUGUAAUGCUUGGGUUAUGAGUUCCCAUUCAAGAUCCAAAGAUCAUUUGAAUCGUCGGCCGAGUUUUUCGAGGGAUCAAGCUAAAACACGGACGCAGUUUAAUUGCCAUGGAAUUACAUCGAGUCUCAGCGUCGAGCACCUUUUCUGGGACUCUGUGGAUGACUCUCAAGGAUUCGUAGGAAAGGAAAACGAAGAUGACCUUUCUGAACUUUCUGAAAUGCUUUUCAUCUUGAUGGCACUAAGGAAGUUGAUUACUAAGUUACAAGAAGGUGGCGAGAAAACGGAUACAUCAACAUACUCUUCAUCAAUUACCCGCAAAUCAUACAGUCAGCCGCUCCUCAUCUUGCAAGUCGAGAGAAUCUUACUUUCAUUUCAGCGUCAGUCAGCACGAAGACGUCUAGAGACAAUGGAAACGUUAAGUCGUCUUGAAGAUCUUAACAUCAUCUUAACAACAAUUCAACGUACACUUGAAAGUGGCGAAGCGCGUCGAGGACAGCUCGGAAAUACAAGAGAAACAAUUAACGAAGGUCAACAAGCAAUAAAGUUUUUGCAAUGUUUGUUUCAGAAAUCGCACGAAAUAGAGCAAGACAUUUUAAACGGUUUCGCUGGUCUUCAGAAAGCUUGCACUGAGGUAGACAAGAAGUUGCCAUUAGCAAGUGAGUUUCUCAGAACUGAGUUUCUCAGAACUGAGCAUAAAUUAAAACUGAACAAUGAAACAGGGACAUGUGCUGAUACAGUUAGAGUUUGUUCUUGCCUUGGACUUCGUUUUGAUUUUCUAGAUCACCUCGGUAACUUUUCGCGUAGAAUUAGAAACCACCGCUCAAUAAGGGACUGGAUCGUGAAAUUCUUGUGGGAAAAUUAUGAAUCUCUUCGUUUUGAUGAGAAAGGCUCUCUAACAAAAGAGCUGCUACUUGCAAUCGGUUUCGAAUCGACGAGUUCUAUCGAGACCGUUUUGACACGUUCGCUCGUAGGAAAUAUGCAGCAGCACUUAGAGGCGUGGGAAUGGGCUGCGAUAUUUGUUGAAGACGAGUUCAAAUACAAUUUGUUGCUGUCUUCACAGGUUGAGAAGUUUCCUUUUCAAUGUAAUUCCACGGACGCCUGGUUUCAGAAAUCCCAAAACAACUCCUUGAACGAAGAUGAAGGCUCAGUCAAAAUCAGAAAUGUUUCGGUAGAGAAAGGUGCAAUGCAUGAAAAGACAGGUUCUAUUUUAAGUGAAUUAUGCAUGGAACAAGACCAAUACACUGUUUAUUUUCAUGGAACAGACCAUGACAGUGCAAAGGACAUUUUACAAAGGGGUGUAGAUUUGACCACUGGUCGACAGAGACGAGACUUUAGUAGUGGGUUGGGUUUUUAUGUAACGAAGGAUUUCAGAAUUGCUUUGAAUUGGGCGAAGAGCAUUACAUCCAAACCUGUCCUUUUGAUUUUUCAGGUCCAACGCAGUUUUCCUGAUAGGUUUCGAAAGAGAUCUUUUCUCGAGAACUGUGCUGAUGACAUGAUGGAAUGGGAGAAGGUAGUCGCUUCGUUUAGAUCGGGAAAUAUAACAUCAGAAAUUCAGAAACUGGUCAAAGAUUUGGACUUCAUGGAGGGUCCUGAAGCCAUACUAACUGGAAGAAACGAAAUUGACGAAUUGAUAUUUGAACGGAAACCACGAUCUCACCAAAUGUGUUUCUUUUCUGAAACGAUUGCCGAGGAGUUCGGUCGAAGUUUGAAUUCGAUGAUAUUUUAUCGUUUAUUUUGAGUUCAACCGUGUAUUUACUUGAGCCUGCUUUUUAUCUUUCCGACUUUGGACAACAUCCCACAAUGAUCCGCAAACCGAAAGGGAAACUAUUUGGAAAAUGAUUGCUGAAAUUAACUUCAAGAAUGAAUUUUCAGUUUAGAGCUAUUAUUUUGCGCUGCUCCAUUUGUUAGUUGUUUAAGAGUUGUGGUUUUAGUCCGCAGUCACGAAAUUUGUGAUAACAUUAUUCAAAAAAUUGCUUAUACUGUAUUUGUCGCUUAUAAUGUGGAUCGAAUAUUCGUACUUAAGUUUCCGGAAAAUUCUUUGCUUCAUUUCGAACUGAAAUCUGAUAGAGAAUAGCAAACUUGUGCUUUUGAAAAAUGUCAGGAAAAGGUGUGUAAUAUUGAUAACUUAGCAAUUACGAGAUUGGCGGGAAGUUUACAAUCACGUAUUCUAAGCUGUCCCUUAACUGGCGUCUUUUGACG